UCGAAAGAUAUAGUUGUCGUUUUGUUUGCGUUCAGUCUUUAACGGUUGCAAGAAGGACUUUGAAGGACUUGUAUUUGAACGUUAAAUGUAAGGAACUCAAUAGCCGCCGAACGGUCAUCAUAUACGUUACAGGUCGGUUGAACGAGCAACUCUAAUGACUUAAAACAGCGAUAUUUAAAUGUACGUCGAAGAAUCUUAAUAAUCCACAUUACUGUCAGAAGCUAUUCUCAUAUAUCUCCGUUUUGUAAGGUCCUAAAAUAUGGAACAAGAUACAGAGUAUAUUAAAUUACCAUUAGAAGAACGAUGUGUACAUAAGUUAUGGAGAGCACGUUUACAUGGCUAUAAAGAAUGUGUGAACACGUUUCAAUGUAUUGAUGAUGAAAAGUCUCCUGAGUGGAACAAGUAUUUAGGAUUUAUUAAGAAGUUUGUAGUAGAUAACAAUGCUGCAGCACAAGAAAAAGGAUUGGAGGCAGCAUUGGCUUUUAUUGAAAAUGCUGCAGUUGCAGGAAAGACUGUUGGUGAAGUUAUGAAUGGAAUUGUCACUAAAUGUAUUGCUGCGCCUAAAGCUAAAACAAAAGAGUUGGCAGUACAAAUAACAUUGAUGUACAUAGAAAUUGAAAAGCAUGAAGCUGUUCAAGAAGAAUUGUUAAAAGGAUCUGAAGCAAAAAAUCCAAAAAUUGUUGCAGCAUGUAUUUCCACUUUAACUCUGGCCUUAAGGCAAUUCGGUCCUAAAGUAAUUAAUAUAAAGCCUUUGAUAAAAAAGAUGCCCAGUUUUCUUGAAGACAGAGAUAAAACAGUCAGAGACGAAGGCAAAUUCAUGGUUAUAGAAAUUUAUAGGUGGAUAGGCGCACCUUUAAAACAACAAUUAAAUACACUAAAGCCAGUACAAAUCGCAGAAUUGGAAGUAGAAUUUAAUAAUUUGAAAGAAGAGAAGGUUGUACCAAUGCGUUUUCUGAAAUCUCAAAAACCAAAAUCAAUAUGUGUUGUAGAUUCUGUAAGUGAAAACAGUGAAGAUUGUAAAGAUGAGGGGGAUGGCAGUUCUAUACCAGAAAUUGAUCCUCACGAAUUGUUAGACCCUGUUGAUAUUCUUUCUAAACUUCCAAAAGAUUUUUAUGACAAAAUUGAAGCUAAAAAAUGGCAAGAGCGAAAAGAAGCAUUAGAAGCUUUGGAGACUCUUGUAAAAAAUCCCAAGUUAGAAAAUGGUGAUUAUGGAGAUGUAGUAAGAGCUCUGAAAAAGGUUAUAUCCAAAGAUACUAAUGUGUUAGUUGUUGCACUGGCUGGAAAAUGUCUAGCUGGGUUAGCAACAGGUCUUAAAAAACGAUUUCAACCUUAUGCAACAGCUUGUCUAUCAUCAAUUUUAGAAAAGUUUCGGGAAAAGAAACAAAAUGUUGUACAAGCUCUUAGAGAUGCUGCUGAUGCUAUUUUUCUUAGUGUUACCAUCGAUACUAUAUUAGAAGACACACUUGCUGCAUUAGAUAACAAAAAUCCUGCUGUUAAAGCAGAAACGGCUGCUUAUUUAUCAAGAUGCUUUUCUCGCACACCACCGCAAAGUUUAAAUAAAAAGCUAUUAAAAGCAUAUACUGGUGUACUUUUAAAAACUUUAAACGAACCAGAUCCAACUGUUCGAGAUACUUCUGCAGAAGCUAUUGGCACAGCAAUGAAAUUGAUUGGUGAAAAAGCUAUGAUGCCAUUCCUAACAGAUAUAGACAAUUUAAAAAUGACAAAGAUAAAGGAAUGUGCAGAAAAAGCUGUAAUACACGUUAAAGUUCCUAGUGCGCCAAAAGUAGCUGCAGACAGACCGAAUACAGCUCCAAAUAAACUUGAAUCAACAAAAUCUAAGGAUUCAGAAAUGAAAGCUCCAAAGAGACCUAAUACUAGUACUGUUAAGAAACCAACUAAGAAACCAACUGCUUUGACAAAUUCAGCUGUUUCAAAGAAGCCUUCUACUACAAAGACUCAAGCAGAAAAAAAUUAUAGUGCCGAAGAAAUAGAAGAAAUGGCAGCAGAUUGUUUACCACCUGAUAUUAUUUCAGGUCUUGUCGAUAGUAGUUGGAAGAACCGUUUAUCUGCAGUUGAACAACUUCUAGAGUUUGUAAAACAGAUGGAUAUAGCAGAAGGAUCUACACAAGUUAUUGUACGUACUCUAGCAAGAAAGCCAGGUUUCAAAGACACAAAUUUCCAAGUUCUUAAAUUGCGGUUGGAGAUAGUAAAAUAUCUGGCAGAAAAUUUUCCAUUUUCAACUACUGUUUGCGAAUAUUGCCUCAUGGAUAUAACCGAGAAAUUAGGGGAUGCGAAAAAUAGCACAGUUGCAGGAGAAACUCUUUUAGCCAUAGCGGAAGCAACAAGUUUUGAACAUGUGGCUGAUGAAAUAUUGGCAUUUGCUUUCAAUCAAAAAAAUCCUAAAGUUCAACAAGAAACAUUAGUAUUGUUGAGUAGGGGUCUCACGGAAUUUGGUUGUGUUAUCAAUGUCAAAUCUGUUAUGGAAAAUAUAAAAAAAGCAGUUGCAGCAACAAAUCCUGGUGUUCGUACAGCAGCCAUUACAUUAUUAGGCACAUUAUAUUUAUCUAUGGGCAAACCACUGCUUGUAUUUUUUGAGAAUGAAAAACCUGCUUUGCGUCAACAAAUCGAAGAAGAAUGCGAAAAGCGCAAUGGUGAAGCUCCUCCGGUACCAAUUCGUGGGGUAAAAUGCAAAAAGGAUCAAAUAAGUGAUGACGCUGAUGAUACUGAAUUAGAUAAGAAAUCAAAUGCUAAUAGCGAGCUUGACAUAAAUAAUCUCAUUCCACGAGUUGAUGUUAGCAAUCAAAUUUCAGAGAGUCUUCUUAACGAAUUAUCAGAUAAAAAUUGGAAAGUGCGAAAUGAGGGUUUACAAAAAGUAAGUGGUAUUAUCUCAGAAGCAAAAUUUAUAAAAGGCUCUAUCGGUGAUUUACCACAAGGAUUAGCUUUGCGAUUGGUUGACAGCAAUAGUAAGAUCGCACAGUCAACUCUAGGCAUAUGCCAGGCAUUAGCUGUGGCUAUGGGUCCACCGGCAAAGCAACACAUUCGAGUCCUUUUUCCUGGUUUCAUACAAUGUUUAGGCGAUAGUAAAAAUUGGAUUAGGACAGCAGCAAUUUCGUGUAUAAACACAUGGGGAGAUCAGUGCGGUUAUAAAGAAUUUUUUGAUGGAGAAAUAAUUGGAGAUGCUUUAAAAUCUGGAUCACCGGUACUUAGGGCUGAGGUGUGGAAUUGGUUGGCACAGAAAUUGCCUCUGAUUCCUGUAAAACAGAUACCAAAAGAAGAGUUACGUGUAUGUCUUCCAUAUUUAUAUAGUAAUUUAGAAGAUCGUAAUUCUGAUGUUCGAAAAAAUGCUCAAGAAGCAGUGUUGGGUUUUAUGAUUCAUCUUUCUUACGAAGGGAUGGCAAGGAAUACAGAAAAAUUAAAACCUGGAUCGCGAACAGUAGUACUUGCUGCGUUAGAUAAAUCUCGACCUUACCUACCUAUCGAACCUCUACCAAAAAAACAAGCACCAAAAGAAAGUAAUCAAAAAGUUGUCAAGAGUGCUGGAGCUAUGAAAGCUUCGAAAGCAGUAGUGAAACCUAAACAGAAUCAAGCAGCUUCGAAACCUAGCAGUGCUCGUAAGAAAGACGACGAUGUGGAUACAAGUCCGUUAUUGGCUGUUAAUAAUCUCAAGCAUCAAAGAGUGAUCGAUGAGCAAAAAUUGAAGGUCCUGAAAUGGAAUUUCACCACUCCAAGAGAGGAAUUUGUUGAACUUUUAAAGGAACUUAUGACUGCUGCAAAUAUAAACAAAACUUUGAUAUCAAAUAUGUUUCAUUCAGAUUUUCGAUACCAUCUUAAAGCUAUCGAGGCAUUAACCGAGGAUCUGCCUGAUAACAAUAAAGCAUUAGUGUCUAAUUUGGAUCUUAUUCUUAAAUGGUUGACACUAAGAUUUUUUGACACCAACCCUUCUGUGUUAUUAAAAGGUUUAGAGUAUUUGCGAAUGGUAUUUAACCUAUUGAUAGAAGAUAAAUAUCAUAUGUUAGAGAACGAAGCGGCAUCGUUUAUUCCGUAUCUCAUUAUUAAAAUUGGUGAUCCAAAAGACGCUGUGCGUAACGGAGUUCGGGCAUUAUUUAAACAAAUAGCAUUAGUGUAUCCAGUAAGCAAAUUAUUUUCGUAUGUAAUGGAAGGUUUAAAAUCUAAAAAUGCUAGACAAAGAACAGAAUGCUUAGAUCAAUUAGGUUCCCUUAUAGAAAACUAUGGGUUGUGUGUUUGUCAACCUUCUGCAUCUGUAGCAUUGAAAGACAUAGCAAAACAAAUAGCAGAUCGUGAUAAUUCCGUUCGAAAUGCUGCUUUGAACUGCAUUGUACAAGUAUAUUUUCUUCAAGGAGAAAAAGUGUACAAGCUUAUUGGUCAGAUAUCUGAAAAAGAUCAGUCGUUAUUAGAUGAACGUAUUAAAAGAGCUGCUAAAAAUCGUCCAACAAAAUCGGCUUCAACAAACAAACUUUCAACUGCUUCAAGUGCAACAGCAAUUCCUUCUAGUGAAGAUGUUAAAGCAGAAUCUGAAGAAGAAAAUGAAGAAACACCCGAGCCACAACCUAUUCCAGCAGAAUUAGAAGAUGAACUACAAGUUCCAACAUCGACACAAUCAAAAAUAACGGGUCCAUUCGGGCUCGAUAUGGAUUAUUUGAAAAGGAUCGAAUUAGACGCUCCUGUGAAGUACAGCAACCCCGUUCUAGUAGAUAUUAAUUUAGACGAUCUGAACAUAUCUCUUGACCCCAACGCGGCUAAUCAGCCCAAAGUACCGGUGAUUUCCAUUUCUCCACCGAAAUUGUUAGUGUCAAAGUCCGCAUCAGUGACGCAACAAUUAAGUCCAGCUAAUACUAGUAAAGAAGAUAGUCUUGAGCGCAAAAUACUUGCAAUGUCUAGUUUGGAUUUAUCAGUAGCAAUACAAUCGAUGAACAGUAUAGAUAAUUUGAUAAAAUCACAUCAAGUUCUGAGUUUGCAGUCUAAAGAAGAUAAAUUUAUUGGUUCGAUAAACAUGCAAUUAAAAUUUUUGCAAACGUAUCCUUUACAACAGGGAGGAACAGAUAUCUCGAAGGGUUUCAGAAACACAUUUAUGGUUAUUUUAGCGUUUUAUGAUAGUGGAAUUCUUGGAAAGAAUGUUCCGUUGAUACAUUUGAAAGAACUUGUGGAUCAAAUGAUUAGUUUGUUAGCUGAGAACAAAUUAAAUCAUUUAUAUCAAGCAGGAGUGUAUUAUCGUGUGAUUAAUAAUAUUGUCUGCAAAAUAAUAGACAAUUCUAAUCAUACUACUAUCAUAUGUGCUUUAAUAAAAUUACUCCAUGGGUGUGCUGACUCAACUUCACCUUCUAAAUAUGAAGAAUUAGUUAUGAAGUGUUUAUGGAAAAUAGUAAAGCUAAUUCCUAACUGGGCAGCGGAUUUAAAUUAUGAUACUAUUCUUUUGGAAGUGCACCGUUUUCUUAAAGAUUAUCCAAGUGUGUGGUGGAAAAAACGAAUACCGGAUACUCCUUUACGGACAGUUAAAACAGUUCUUCACAGUAUGACUCGCGUAAAGGGCAGUACAAUACUCAGUCAUCUGACACAAAUAAAUAACACAAACGAGUCGGAAUUGCAUUCUUAUCUUAUAAGGCUAAUUGCGACUUUUAAGCCAGAUGAAAUUAACACCAAUCCAAGGACAACAAUAAAACCCGGCAAUAGUGGUAAAACACAAGAACAUUUAUCAAAGUUUACUCAUCAACAAUUAUCUGAAAUAUUUAAAAAGAUUGGAUCUAAAGAACACACGCAAGAAGGUUUAAUGCAGCUGUAUGAUUUUAAACUUCAACAUCCCGAAGCUGACGUACAACCUUUUCUGGUAAAGUCUCACCAAUUCUUUCAAGACUUUAUAGAACAAGGAUUAAGAGACAUUGAUCAAGCACGAAAAAAUCAAAAUCUUGUACCACAAACCAAUAAUCAGUACUCGUCAGGUACGACUGAGCUUGUUAGUCCCGAUAAAAAAAGAUUAGACUUUUUUCCAUUACAUAGGCUUGAAAAACUUGGAGCAUCUGAAGCACAAUGUAGAACAACUACCAGUCAGCUUAGUCCAACAUGAAUCAACCUCUCUUGACAUUAAAUAGGAUUGCAGUGCUCGAAAUGGAUCCAGAACCAAUAACACAUAAAUACAAUAUAAGAUCAAUAGGGCAGUCACGAAGAGUAAUGCGGUAUUAACAUUAACUGUAGUAUUUACGUUUCAUUUUGCUAGUAGUUACGUAUAUGUUAUGCUACUGGGAUAUAAAGUUUAACACGUUCGUAGUUACGUUAAGUGCAGUAAUAUGAACUUUAUAUAAUUAAUAGCAGUGUAACUUAUACGUAAUUACUAACAAAAUUAAAUGUAAGUUAUACAGUAGUUUAAUCUUAAGCAUUUUAGGUAAAGUACGUAAGACUAACAGUAGCAUUCAUGUUUAAUUUUAUUAGUAGUUACACGUAGAUUAUGCUGCUACUAAUUAUAUAAAAUUUAUUUGUUACAAUACUUAAUGUAACUACAAAUGUGUUACACUACACGUAUUUAUCACUAUUCAAAUAUGAUAAUUAAGCUAUAACAAGCUAGUAUUAUGCUCUUUUUAGACUGAUUUUUACAGCGGAUUUUUACUUCAUUAGUUCUUUUGACAUAAAUUGUGCGGUCUUUAAUGUGUAUUAUAAAUUAUAAGCUCAUUUCUGCGUUAAAUCUUUAUUUAUAAAAGAAAAAAAAAUUAUAUACAUUUUAUUAUUUAAUUACUGAAAAGUUGAUUAUACUCUGAAAGCAUGUCUCUCCGUAUUUAUAAUCACGGUAUACGAAUAUAGAUUUAAUACGUUAACUUUUCGUGAUAAAAUAACAGUGUUAGAUAAAAACAACAAUAAUAAUUUAAUAUGAAUGUCUUCAGGAAUUUCUGAAAAAUCUUACGUAGUGUAAAUAGAGUAUGUAUAUAUUCUAAUAUUCAAUAAACUAUGUCUUACAAUAAUAC